AAGUAUAAUAAGGGGGGAAGUGCAGAAAGAGCUGCGUGUAGUUGAAGCUGAUAGGUCCAAAAAUAAACCCGAAAUUCUCCUUCAUCAAUGGCGGUUUCAACCACAGCACAAAGCAGAUCAAGAGACCUCGAUAAGCUCCUUCUCCGACCCGGUAAUCUUGUCGGCCCGAAUUUCGAACCCGGCACUGAGUUGAGAGAUGAUUUAAAGGAGUGUGUAAGAGUGUUAGUGAUUGGUGCUGGGGGAUUAGGUUGUGAAUUGCUUAAGGAUUUGGCUUUAUCUGGCUUUCGUAACCUUGAGGUUAUUGAUAUGGACCGAAUUGAAGUUACCAAUCUUAAUCGCCAAUUCCUCUUCAGACUUGGAGAUGUGGGGAAACCAAAGGCAGAAGUUGCUGCAAAAAGAGUGAUGGAGAGAGUCAGUGGCGUAGAUAUCACGCCACAUUUCUGUCGGAUUGAGGACAAACCUAUAAGCUUCUACAAUGAUUUCCAUAUUAUUGUUCUUGGUCUUGAUUCUGUUGAGGCUCGAAGCUAUAUAAAUUCUGUUGCUUGCGGCUUUCUAGAGUACGAUUCUGAUGACAACCCACGGGAAGAAACUAUUAAGCCUAUGGUUGAUGGUGGUACUGAAGGUUUCAAGGGCCAUGCAAGGAUUAUAAUGCCCGGUGUUACCCCCUGCUUUGAGUGUACAAUAUGGCUCUUUCCCCCACAAGUGAAGUUUCCCUUGUGUACUCUUGCUGAAACUCCUAGAACUGCUGCUCACUGCAUUGAGUAUGCGCAUUUAAUCAAAUGGGAUGAGGUUCAUAGUGGCAAAACAUUUGAUCCAGAUGAUCCUGAACACAUGCAAUGGGUGUAUUCAGAGGCUGUUAAGAGAGCAGAGCUCUUUGGAAUUCCGGGAGUUACCUAUAGCUUGACCCAGGGUGUGGUUAAAAAUAUCAUACCUGCUAUAGCAUCCACCAAUGCUAUAAUUUCUGCUGCUUGUUCUUUGGAGACCUUGAAGCUUGUCUCUGGAUGCAGCAAAACAUUAUCAAAUUACUUGACGUACAAUGGAGUUGAAGGUCUCCACACCAAAGUGACCGAGUUUGUGAGGGACAAAGAUUGUCUUGUUUGUGGUCCUGGUGUUCUCAUUGAGCUAGAAGCUUCAGUUACUCUGAAAAAGUUCAUUGAUCUGCUGGAAGACCAUCCUAAGCUACUACUAACUAGAGUAAGUGUGACGUAUCGAGGGAAGAAUCUAUACAUGCAAGCACCUCCAGUACUGGAAGAGAUGACUCGAUCUAAUUUGGGUCUACCAUUGUUUGAGCUUAUGGGUAAAACUCCAAGGGACAUUGUUCAUGUUACUGGUGCAGCCGGAAAAGGAGAUAAAAAGCAGUCAUGUUCUAGGAAAUUACGCGUGGUCUUCAAGGGAGUUGAUGGUGUUACAGAUAUGGACAUGGCUGGUGGGGCUUAAUUUUCAGUCACCCGUAAGCCUUUUAUUUGUUCCUGGUAAUCCUACUCUUAGAAGCAUAGGUUUUUUUUUUUUUUUUUUUUUUCUCGCUCUAAUUUUUCUCUAGUGCAACACAUGAGCAAAUGCAGCAACAGACGAGGUUGAUAGGGAGUCCCUCCAUUUUUGUAACUCUCUUUCUACACCUUGUCAUGUGGACGUAAAAUUGGUGAAUUUAUCACCAUGUGAAAUGAAAUGAGAGAGUUCUACA